AUGAUCCAAUUGGCGUCGAGAAUCUUCACCUUCGCCUCCAACCAACUGAUAUUACGAACAUUGUCACCUAUCGUGCUGGGCAUAUCCGCUCAACUUGAGUUAUUCCAAGUGACCAUUCUCUAUUUCUCUAGGGAAAGCAUCCGGAUGGCCAUUCAAAGACAACCCUUGGCAUCCAACCCAUCUUCUAGCACCAACGACAACGACAAAGACAACCGAGACACAGAUAGUGACAAGCAAUCUCUUGCCUCUCAGUCAGUUGUCAAUGUGUCUUAUCUAAGCCUAUUUCUCGGUGUGAUCUUUACAGCCGGGCUGACAUGGUUUUACAAACAUUUCGCUCCCGAGCAAGCUCACAAUACCCCCUUUUUCAAUCAAAGUGUGACGGUGACGGGUCUCGCUUCUCUAUUGGAAUUGACCAUUGAACCAUUCUUUGCGGUCAUUCAGCAGCGCAUGUGGUAUGAGAAACGGGCUGCAGUCGAACUUCCAGCCGCUUUCUUGAAGAGUCUUGUGACUUGUUCUACGUUUUUCUACGCCUCUCGCCAAGGCCAUGAUGUCGGCCCUUUGCCCUUUGCGCUUGGGUAUCUGGCCUACUCAACUGCUCUCAUUUUUGGCAACAAUUCAGAAUACAUCUCCGGUCUAUUCUCUCGCCGCUUAACCUUUUUAGCAGCAACUCUCUUUUUCCAAUCAUUGGUUAAACACCUCCUCACUCAAGGGGACUCGAUGAUGCUAGCUGCAAUGUCCAGCCUAGAGGAUCAAGGAAUAUACUCCCUAGCAUCCAACUACGGCGGCUUAAUUGCGAGGAUUAUCUUCCAACCACUGGAGGAAAGCAGUAGAAAUUUAUUUUCCGCACUGCUGAGUCAAGACGGGCCUAACAGCAAGCGAACCGAUGUCCAACUCCGCACUGCGAAAGGUCAACUUGUCACCAUUCUAAGAGCCUACCAGCUUCUCUCAGCCCUCGUCUUACCAAUCGGACCUAUCAUGGUUCCGACGGUACUCAACAUCCUUGGCGGUCGUCAAUGGGCUUCGCCGAAAGUGGCUGAUUUGCUAUCGCUGUAUUGUUACUAUAUUCCCUUCCUGGCUUUCAACGGCAUCACUGAGGCGUUUGUAUCAUCUGCUGCCAAUCCAUCUGAGAUUCGCACUCAGACGGGUUGGAUGGGUGCUUUUUCUGCUUGCUAUGCACUGGCUGCGUAUCUCUUUCUCGAGGUCGGGUCUUUGGGUGCGUAUGGGCUUGUACUUGCGAAUAUUGUGAACAUGGCUGUCCGAACAUUAUGGAGCUAUUGUUUCAUUCGGAGCUUUUUUCGCAAAAAUGGGAGCAGUCUAGGUAUGAGUGAGAUAAGUAUGAAGCCUGCUGCUUAUAUCCUCUCUGCUUUGGCUACGGUGGCGAGUCAAAUGGUGCCGAGUUUACAUACGAAAAUCAUCCCGGCAAUUGCGUUUAGCGGUGUCUACGCACUUCUGAUGCUCUAUGUGGAAAGAAAAUAUAUCAUGCAACAAUUGGCGGAAAUUCGUCAAAUCGCAUCCUCCCGCGCCAAGGGACCCAAAAAACUCGAAUAG